UUGUACCCUUUUGGCUGCCCAUAACUGUAACUGUAAGAACGGACGUCGGACUGCCCAGCCAAUACAGUUGGAAAUCAUGGCUUCAAAAGCUUCAUUUGGUAAUAUAUCGCCAGAAACAUCAGCCCUUUUCAUCUGUGACAUGCAAGAGAAAUUCAAACCAGCCAUCAAAUACUUUGAUGAUAUAGCAUUCGUGGCUAAACGACUCAUUGACGGAGCCUACAUCUUAGAUAUACCAGUCAUUGUAACAGAGCAGUACCCUAAGGGACUUGGACACACUGUAGAAGAUUUGGAUAUUAGUCGAGCUCUAGGUGUAUACCCCAAAACAAAAUUUUCCAUGGUCAUUCCUGAAGUUGAAGCACAUCUUAAUAGUCUAACCAAUUUGAAAUCUAUCAUUCUUCUGGGAAUUGAGGCCCAUGUGUGUAUUCAGCAGACAGCUUUAGAUCUCUUAGCCAGAGGGUAUGAUGUUCAUGUGGUUGCUGAUGCAGUCUCAUCAAGGAGUAUGAUGGACAGACAAUUUGCCUAUGAGAGAUUACGUCAGUUCGGAGCCAUCAUCACAACAAGUGAAUCAAUUCUCUUCCAGUUGCUAGGAGAUAAAGAUCAUCCUAAAUUCAAGCAGAUUCAAGGUUUAGUCAAGAUUAGUGCACCUGUCUCUGGACUGGCAUCAAAUAUGUAGAGUGCAGCUCAUUAGUUGACAUUCAUUAAAGCCUGGCUCACACCUUUGUAUUUUGAGCUGCAUAUUGCACAAUUGCAGACAAUAUUUGCAGUCAAAGGCAACACAACACAAUGAAAUAAGCUAAUUUGAAGUCAACAUGCAGACUGAUGCAAAGGCUUUGCAUUGUAGCUCGGUAGUUUUUUUUUUAUAACAUCCCCAAAUCUAUAUCAAAAUCCAUACGAGCAAGGGCAAGUGGCAACAAGCAAAUGGGAGCAAGGGUGAGAAAAAGCAAGCAGCUUAGGCAGGCAAACACAACAUGCCUGCUCAACUUACUUUACCUUACUUGACUAUGUACAACUCUAUUUGAGCUGCUCAUAGUUUGAUUGCAGCCAAACAUUUUGUUGCGUAGUAUGCUGCAUUGAGACUGUGUAUUGCAGUUUACACAGCCA